AUGCCGUUGAAUUAUGCAAUUUGGAAGAGCCUAGAAGAUAUCACGUUUGUACUGAAGACUGGUCCACAGCCGGCCGAACGCACUCGGCCGGACAGGAAGGGAAUUGGCUUCGCUCGGCCUUCUCCAGGACCAUCCGGCCGCACGACCGCACCGUCCGAGCCGGGAGGCAAUGGACCACGAUCGACCGAGAACAUCACAUCACGGCCGACCCCGACGGCCGACCACAUCCCUUGCACGGUCGACCCGAGCUCCGCGAACAAAAAGCCCACUUAUGCAGUUUCGACUAUUCUUGGCCCGUUUCACCUCAACCGACUUGUGGAAGACCUAGGGCACUAUAAAUACUCUUUUUUAGCCUCUUUAGAAGAGAGAGCCGCACAGGAGAAGAGCCACAAGAGAGAGACACAUAGGGAGCUCCCCUUAGAGGGAUCCUCCAUUGUUUUACUUCUUUCUCAUUGUUUUCUUAAGGGAGAAGAUCCCUUCUUUGUACUCGACAUAGAGAAGCUUUCUAAACCCUUUUCUCCUUAUAAUACUAUGAUUUCGUUCUAUGAUUUAUGCUUGUUUACUUGCAUGAUGAUUGAGUAG